CCUCCUCAGUCUCCUCUGUCCUCUCCCAGACGAGAGGACCAGUGGAGGCACCUCUCGGAGUCUUAGACUUCAGAGUCUGAGACUUAGCGAGAGGAGCCCCAGAGGAGACAGCCCUUCUCUCUCCUUACCAUCCCUCUUUUUUACUUACAGACGCAAGCUGAGGCGCGGAGCUUUAGAAAGUUCUCAGUGGUCCCGAAGCAGUUCUUGCGCAGUGGGGCCACUCUCUGCAGAGCCAGAGGGUGAGUCGGCUUCCCGGUGAGCGCCUAGGAGAAUGGAUCGCAGGUCCCGGGCUCAGCAGUGGCGCCGAGCUCGCCAUAAUUACAACGACCUGUGCCCGCCCAUAGGCCGCCGGGCUGCCACCGCGCUCCUCUGGCUCUCCUGCUCCAUUGCUCUGCUCCGCGCCCUAGCCACUUCCAACGCCCGUGCCCAGCAGCGUGCUGCCCAGCGUCGGAGCUUCCUUAACGCCCACCACCGCUCCGCCGCUGCCGCCGCCGCCGCUGCGCAGGUACUCCCCGAGUCCCCUGAAUCUGAGUCUGAUCACGAGCACGAGGAGCCAGAGCCUCAGCUGGCCCGCCAGCCUGAGUGUCCCGGGUUGGAAGACAUUGACUACGAGACCGAGUCGGAGACCGAGUCCGAGACGACCGAGUCCGAGACGACCGAGUCCGAGACGACCGAGUCCGAGACAACCGAGUCCGAGUCUGAUAUCGAGUCCGAGACCGAAUUUGAGAGCGAGUCUGAUACCGCCCCCGCAACUGAGCCUGAGACCGAACCCGAGGACGAGCGCGGCCCCCGAGGUGCCACCUUCAACCAGUCUCUCACCCAGCGUCUGCACGCUCUGAAGUUGCAGAGCGCCCACGCCUCCCCGAGUCGUGCGCAGCCCACCACUCAGGAGCUCGAGAGCGCAAGCGAGGGGGAGGAGCCCCAGCGCGAGCCCUUAGACCCCGAGGAAUCAGAGGAGGAGGAGGACAGACAGCCCCGCCGCUGCAAGACCAGGAGGCCCGCCCGCCGCCGCCGCGACCAGUCCCCGGAAUCCCCUCCCAGAAAGGGGCCCAUCCCCAUCCGGCGUCACUAAUGGGUGACUCCGUCCAGAUU